AUGUUUAUUAAGCGAUCCUCCUCUGGGAAUCUUAUCAUUCAAAUUUAUGUUGAUGACAUUAUUUUUGGGAGUGCUAAUAAUUCUUUGUGCAAGGAAUUUUCUGAGCUUAUGCAAAGCGAAUUCGAAAUGAGUAUGAUGGGUGAGUUAACUUUCUUUCUCGAACUACAAAUUUAUCAAUCUGAGAAAGGCAUAUUCCUGUGUCAAACUAAGUACUACCAAAAAUUUGGAAUGGAAAAUUCAAAACCCUUAGGAACUCCCAUGAGUUCCACUUGCUCUCUUGACAAGGAUGAAAAAGGUGAUAAAGAUGACCGGAAAAGCACCAGUGACUCAUGUCAAAUUUUAGGAAAAUCUUUGAUUUCAUGGAACAACAAAAAACAGGGCUCCGUGUCUCUUUCUACUACGGAAGCAGAAUAUAUUGCUAUUAGUCAAUGA